ACAUUUCAUUAAAUAUUCUCUAUCAUAAAAACCAAAUCAAAAGAUUUAACAUAGACAUGAACAACAGCUUGAACAUAGAUAUGGAGAAAGAUCAAGAAACGGCUUUCGAUUACUCAAAACGAUCUCAAUGGCUACGAGCUGCCGUGCUUGGGGCCAUCGACGGUCUUGUCUCAACGGCUUCACUUAUGAUGGGUGUCGGUGCGGUUAAGCCAGACUUCAAAACCAUGAUUUUAACCGGGUUCGCCGGCUUAGUUGCCGGAGCUUGUAGCAUGGCGAUAGGAGAGUUUGUCUCCGUUUACUCUCAGUACGACAUAGAAGUGGCUCAAAUAAAGAGAGAGAACGCAGGAGAUAUAGAGAAAGAAAAGCUUCCGAAUCCGAUGCAUGCGGCUGCUGCGUCUGUUAUAGCGUUUUUUCUGGGAGCGGUUGUGCCUUUAUUAGCGGCUGCGCCUGUGAAAACGUAUAAAGUGAGGGUUGGAGUGAUUGUUGCGGCGGUGACGUUGGCUUUGGUUAUGUUUGGGUGGUUAGGAGCGGUUUUGGGGAAAGCACCGGUGGUUAAGUCGUCAGCUAGGGUUCUGAUUGGAGGAUGGUUAGCUAUGGCGAUUACGUAUGGUUUGACCAGACUGUUUGGAUCACUUGGUCUGUGAUAUAGUUUGUACGCGUGUUUCAUGCAAUACAAAAUAAGCGGUUACGUUUUUUUCAUCAUAUACGCAACCAAAGAAUAUUUCAUAUGGCAAGAAACUUUGGAAUAUAUGGAUGAUGGAUCCGUGACUUGUUUCUAGAUUUAUGUAAAGCAAUAUGUUAUAUAAAUCUCUCCAAUGGUGUUUUUCUUAAUGAAUGAUAAGUGUCACG